CCUAGCCGCUUAGACGCCGCGCCGGGAGCGGAUUGGCCGGCGCCCCCCAGCCGCGGCUUCCAGCAGCCCGCCGCCGCGCUUCCCGGGACACCUGCUCGCUCCGCCCGCCCGGCCGCGGCGCUGGGAUUCCCGGCCACGUACGCGGUCGCCUUGAGACCCGCAGCGCGGGGAGAAGGGCCCCGACGGGACCCCGCAUCGCGCGGCUGAGCCUUCGCGAGGCGAGAUGAGCGCGGACGCGGCGGCCGGGGCGCCCCUGCCCCGGCUCUGCUGCUUGGAGAAGGGUCCGAACGGCUAUGGCUUCCACCUGCACGGGGAGAAGGGCAAGAUGGGCCAGUUCAUCCGGCUGGUGGAGCCCGACUCGCCGGCAGAGAAGGCGGGGCUUCUGGCUGGAGACCGGCUGGUGGAGGUGAACGGCGAGAACGUGGAGAAGGAGACGCACCAGCAGGUGGUGAGCCGCAUCCGCGCCGCGCUCAGCGCCGUGCGCCUGCUGGUGGUCGACCCGGACACGGACGAGCGGCUGCAGAAGCUGGGCGUCCCGAUCCGGGAGGAGCUGCUGCGCGCCCCCGAGGAGCCCGAGCCCAGCGGCGACAGUGAAACUCCGGCCGCCGCUCCCGAGCCGCGGGAGGCCGAGGAGAGUCCGCCCGAGCGGCGUGAGCUUCGGCCUCGACUCUGCACCAUGAAGAAGGGUGCCAAUGGCUACGGCUUCAACCUGCACAGUGACAAGUCCAAGCCAGGCCAGUUCAUCCGGGCAGUGGACCCAGACUCACCAGCCGAGGCCUCUGGGCUCCGGGCCCAGGACCGCAUCGUGGAGGUAAACGGGGUGUGCGUGGAGGGCAAGCAGCACGGGGACGUGGUGUCUGCCAUCAAGGCCGGUGGGGAUGAGACCAAGUUGCUCGUGGUGGACAAGGAGACCGAUGAGUUCUUCAAGAAGUGCAAAGUGAUCCCAUCUCAGGAGCACCUGAACGGUCCCCUGCCAGAGCCCUUUAUCAACGGCGAGAUCCAAAAGGAGAACAGUCGUGAAGCCUUGGCUGACCCAGCGUCCGAGAGUCCCAAGCCAACCCUGGCAAGAUCCACCUCCAGUGAUACCAGUGAGGAGCUGAAUUCCCAAGAUAGUCCCAAGAAACAGGACUGCACGGCGCCCUCGUCUACCUCCUCUUCCUCAGACCCCAUCCUGGAUUUCAACAUCUCCCUGGCCGUGGCCAAAGAAAGAGCCCACCAGAAGCGCAGCAGCAAGCGGGCCCCACAGAUGGACUGGAGCAAGAAAAAUGAACUCUUCAGCAACCUCUGAGAGCCCUCCCUGCCACCCCCGGGAAGGCUAGAAGCAGGGGGCCUUCUACCCCAACCUAACUCCCUUUCCCAAGACCCCCACCCCCUACCUUGAAUCAACACACCAAUCAGCACCAACACCUCCUCUCUCGGCAAAUCUGAUUUUUCUAGAGAACUGUGUUCUUCCUUUAUCUCCUGGAAGGUGAAUGUUUCCCCAUUCUGUCCUAAUCAAAAAACAGACACUGUCCGUCCCGUCUCCCCCCCACCCCCACCCCCACCGAAUGUUCCAGUCAACCAAGUGUCCCCAGGCCGCCCCACCUGGGACAUUGCAGGCCGCUGCACCAGCAAGGGUCAUGGAGCUGGGUGAGAGGUCAUCUUCCCUCCUGACCCCCAAGUGAUGACCAGGUCUGUGACUGGACAAGGGCCAGUGGGCCACCUUGUUGAUUUUUUUCUUUUUUGAAGAGUGCAGUAUCGCAGAGUCUAGAGGGGUCCUUGUUUCUGUGAUUAACAUGAUUUUCUAGGCUGUAUCCAGAGCAUAGCAGCAGCUUCAGCCUUCAACUUUUUUUAUUCCGCCUCCCACCCCCAGGGACAGACCCAGGUAGCACAUGGGACAGUUUGGCCAUCCCCUGCCCAGCUCUGAGCCAGGCCACCACCAUUGUAAGGAAACUCCACCUGGAAUUCAACUGGUUACUCCAAA